AUGGCCGAGGAGGCCUCGCCAACGCGUCAGGAGGAUGAAGACGAUGAUGAGGUAGCAGAGUCCAUCUGUGUUGCCAGCUCGAUGCCUGCAGUCCGGAGCCCAUGGCCUCAGGCUGCAAACCCAGCCGCCAGCCCACCAGAUCGUGCUGAGCACCCAACACCUCAAAAUUCCAGCCCAGAACUCAAGGUUGAUGAAGACUCAAACCAGCAUAACGACGAUAGGUUUGUCGGCGACUUGAAUCCAGAAGGGGCCUUUCUUGCUGAUAGUCCCGGAGCGAGUCGUGGUUACGCAGAAUCUAACUCUGUUGGCGUCUGGUAUUCUCGCAAGAGCAACAAAAACAACCUUACUACAGAGCUUGCGUCCGCAGUCUCCGAGGACCAUGCUGAGCAUCAGUUCCUCGCGGUGUUGCCUAGGAAAGAACAUUAUGAUCAGCUGAAGAAGAUCUACCUACGAGAUGUCCACCGGAUUCUACCUGUGAUGAACGUGAACAUCCUCGAAAAACCAACAUCUACGAUAUCACAAGUUCUCUGCAAACAAGCGGUUUGUCUGGCGGCAGGAUCUAACCCCAUCGCAAAGCCAUAUCUGACACUCGGUGAAGACUCAUCGGUGGUCUUAGGUUAUCCAGAGUUCGCUCUCCGCCUUUCAUCAGCUAUCCGGAAGGCACUUGGCCUCGGUUUAGUCAAGGAUCGCGUCCAGGCAGUUGCAAUUCUUGUCAUCCUCUCGUUAUAUACCCACUUCUCCCAAGACCGGCACUUAUCUGCAGAACUGGCAGCACAGGCUGUAAGCAACGCUCAAACAGUCGGUCUUCACCUUCAGAACCCACCUGCAAGAUCUGAGGAUCCCGCCUAUCUGACACGACUAUUUUGUUGUGUAUGGGCAAUGGACCAGCUUAAUGCUGCGUUCCACGGACGGCCGGUAAUGAUGCACGAAAGAGACCUGGGACGCGACAUGGAAGCCUGUAUCGCAGAGCAAGAUAGCUGCUUCCGGCUAUUCCUCGAGAUUGUUGUCUUACUGGGCUGCAUUAUCGAUCUCUAUCGACCAGCAGCAAAGAACACUGGCUGUGUUGUCAUGGAAGACUUGCCCAGCUUCGAUAGCCUCGUCGAAAGGGCUCAGGCGCUCGGCGUCGAGUCCCGUCUAUUGGCCUCCAUCGAGCUGCUCUACCACGGCAUCGCUAUUUUGUCCUGUCGCAUCCCAGUUGGAUCAACACGAUCUGAGCAUCUAUCUUUAGCACACACUCGGCAGUCUCUUUCUGCCAUCAAGAUAACGACAAUUGUCGACCACUUUAGCAGUUCGCUAGCGCACAUGACGUUCGUACCAUAUGCCGUAUCCCUCUCUCUACGAGUAGCGUACCGGGAGCUUCGGUCCAGCAAGAUUCCGAUGUUAACCGCGAGAUCUCGCCGCCAACUUCAAUCGACUUGCAAAAUACUCAGAGAGCUGGGUGGCAUGUUUCGUUCUGCGCUCGUCAUGGUGGAUCUGGCCGAGCAGGUUAUUCAGGAGAUCGACCAGGUUUGCUCCAAUGCUUUGAACGAGCAGGCUGGGAAUACUUCCACAGGCGCGCCAACUACUCCUCGUCAAGAGGGUGUGGCCGCCAGCUUAGGAUCCGAGAUCGGUAACAACCUGGAAGUCGUAAACCCUCUGCCGCAUAGCGAGGCUGUUGCAGGUUUCGACGCUUCACUUCUUGAGGGACCUGCGGGAUUUGACGUUUUUGAGUUUUUCGACCCCGGUGAUCUCAAUGCUAUUGAUGCCAUCUUAGGAGGUCAUGCGGCACCAGGCUUUGGUCACUUGGGCCCUUUUCCAUAA